AUGGAUCCCGUGCAGGCACGACGAACAUCUCGCCAAGCGUGGGCUGCAGAACUCUACGAAAUUGGCGAGCCGCACUAUACUAUGGCGAAGGAACAGCGGCACACGUCCACCAACAAGAUGCGCAAGCACAAAGUCCAUCCCACUGCGCAUCGUCCGCACAAUGCCGUUGCCGCCGACGCCGACCCAGAGGACUCCAAGUCUGGCGGGAAGGACAAGGGCGAGCACCCCCACUACGUGACCGAUGUCCCGGAACCCGUCCCCGACACUGGCAUGCGUCCUACGCAAGAGCGAGAUGCGCACGACACCCAUACGUCCACACACGAGCCAUCCUCUCAUGGCAGUACGUCGCACAGUGCACUUCCAACGACAACUAUCCUACCCACGGCGCACAUCACCACACCGCCGCACUCGUUCAUCAACGUGCACACUAUGUCUAGCACCUCGUCCGCAUCGGCUAGCUCCACCGCGACUGCUGCAUCGACGCCUUCACAUCCUACCCACAACAUAUCCGCUGCUAUCAUCGCCCUUUGCGCUGUUGGCUCUGCUUGCGCUCUCAUCAUGGUCGUACUUCUGGUCCGGUGGUUUAGCAGGCCGCCUAAGCGCCGUCAGCACCCUACGCCCUCUUUGCCGAUUCUGCAAGACCCCUUCCGCGAUGAAGAGGCGCUCUACGAGAAAGAAGGAGGCGACUCUCCCUUAUUCGGCGGCAACGAACGCUCCUCACCCGAGGUUGGCAGCAACGGUCAGCUCUGGACGUGGACUCAGUACAAUCAAGCCCCCGCGGUCGUACUUCCGGCGCAAGCGGUCGCGCCACGCGAGGCUCCUUCGCCGCCCAAGUACUAUUCUACGGACGAAAAGAGUCGUGCUGCUUAUCCUGCCGCUCCGCCUAUGCCGCCUCCUGCUGCCCUCGCUAGUUUCCAGUACCCAGCGCCAGUUCAACAAGUUUCAAACGCGAUUACUCGUGCUGUCAACCGCCUUUCUGCUGCCUCGCUAUCGAUCUAUCCGGCUUCUCCACAAAUUCCUGCGCAUGAAGUGGGUGUCGCUAUCGAUUGCAGCUCUGGGAAUGGCUUUACAGGCGGAGACACCCGUCCUCUGCGGCGCGCCAAGUCGAAGGGUACUCUUUCGAAGAAUCGCCUGAGCGUAGCCACAACUCACCUUCCUCGUGAAUCUACCAUGUUGGCUUACGAAGGCAGCGAUAUCGGGUCACCGACUAUGACGGAGGUCCCUGCCAUGCCGCCGCUCCCCAGCAGUGGGUCGAGCAGCGGCGGACGUCAUAGGGUCAAGUCGUCCUACUUCUCCGGGCCUUACCCUCGCUCGUCCUCGGUGCCUCAUCUGGGAACAUCUGCAGAGCAAGAGCCGCCUCUGCCCACACACGUCAUGACGCCUCGCAAGGAACGGGACACACGCGCGCUUGCGAUGGAGCUCGGCCUCGCGUCGCCCAUGACGGAGUACCCUAUGCCAGCCUCGCCGCACGAUACGGUGUAUCCGGACGACUCGUUCAGCGUCGCGCCCCCGCGCCGGGCUCCGACCGCCAAGCGGGCGCGCCGCCAGUCCCGUGCGCGGGCCCCACAGAGCGAUGAGCCCUCGAGUCCAGCGCCUGACGCGAGUGCGUCACUGGGAAGCUUGAUGCUGAUGGAUGGGCGGGCGAGCACAUACACGGUCGAUGACGCAGGCAGGAAGGCGGGCAACGGUGGGAUGCGCGGAGGGAUAGGGGAACGGCCACCGCGGGUACCGUCGCCGCCGACGUUGCCAUCGCUGGCACAGAUGGGCUUGGAACACUCCAACCCGGACGCGUUCGCCGACUACCGCAGUCCGACGUACAGCAUCUACAACCUGUAUGGGGAGGGUGAUCGGAAGAGCAGGCUACUUUGA